CCCCUGACCAUUGUUUGCUCUUGGAUUUAUUUUUCACUGCCAGUUUUAGAAAGAUCUAUGGACGUCUUCUUCUUUGACAUAAUGCCCACUUCGUUUUUAGUGUUUUUCAAAUUAUGUGAAGAAGAAAAUCAUGGUUAUGUUAAUAAUUUAAUUUGUUUUUCAAGAUAAAAUAAUAAAAAUGCGAGCGCGAUAUGUUAAACUGCGCCCUAACAGAUAUAAUAGCUUCGUUGUGCGCAAUCACAGCUCUGAUUGCGUCCGAGUAAGAUUCGCGCCCAGCCCCACUGGUCAGCUACACUUAGGAGGUUUACGGACAGCUUUAUACAAUUAUUUAUUCGCUAAGAAGCACAAAGGUGCAUUCAUUUUAAGAAUUGAGGACACAGAUCGCAAACGAAUGGUUGCGAGCACAGCGGAAAAUAUUCAGAAUGAUUUGCAGUGGGCUGGAAUUGAUGUCGAUGAAGGACCAAAACAAGGUGGUUGUUACGGACCAUAUGUUCAGUCCGAGAGACUAAGCAUAUAUCAGGAGCAUGUUCAGUUGUUGUUAAAAAAUGGAUCUGCAUAUUAUUGUUUCUGUUCCGACAGAAGAUUACAGUUGCUGCGUAGACAGGCUGUAAGUUCUCAAGAAAUUCCAAAAUAUGACAACAGAUGCCGCCAUUUGCGUGAGAAUGAUAGGAGAGCACGAUUGGCAAAGGGAGAACAGUACUGUGUGAGGUUCAAAAUCUGUGACCAAGAGGAGACAUUUAAUGACUUGGUGUAUGGCUCGAUAAGUUAUAAUAUUGCUAAAAAUGAAGGAGAUCCGGUUAUUAUAAAAUCCGAUGGUUAUCCUACUUAUCAUUAUGCAAAUGUUGUAGACGACCAUUUAAUGCGAAUUAGCCAUGUGCUAAGAGGGGUGGAAUGGCAGAUUUCCACCACCAAACAUAUUUUGUUGUAUAGAGCUUUUGGUUGGACUCCACCCCUUUUCGGUCACUUGCCGCUCUUGCUGAAUGCUGAUGGUACAAAACUUAGUAAAAGGCAAGGCGGAGUAAACAUAACAGACUACAGAAAUGACUGUAUAUAUCCUCUAGCUCUGAUCAACUUCAUAGUAAGUUGUGGUGGUGGGUUUUCGAAGGAUCAAGAACGCUUCCUAAAGCCAAGGUGUUACUCAUUUAAAGAGUUGUGUGGUCAAUUUGAUGUGUCAAAAAUCAAUCCCAGUUCAGGUAAAUUAAUGCCCGAGCGAUUAUUGGAAUUUAACCGUAUGGAGUUGAGAAAGAGAUUUGAAAAUUGCGAUACUCGCGAAUUGUUGAUUGAAACAGUGAAACGACUUGUAAAAAACAAGUUUCCUAGUGACACAUUGGACUUGUCUGAUGUACAUAUUGAAAAUAUUCUGAAGUUGGCUCUAAACAGAAUCGACAAGUUGAGUGACUUAGUGGCAAACAAAAUGAAGUUUCUAUGGAUGUCGCCUGCAAUGGGCCCCUUAAAUCAGGAGUUGGACACUGUUUUAGAGCACUUACGAAUUACACUACUAGGAGAAGAGAACCUAACUAAGGAUAGUGUCAGUAUCCUCUUAAAAAACUUUUCAAAUAAACACUCUUUAAAUUACGGCAGCUUUAUGAAAGAUUUAAGGACUAUUUUGAGUGGAUUGACAGAGGGCCCGAGUGUGGCUGAAAUUGUUGAAAUAUUAGGCAAGGUCAAUACUAUUAGGCGAUUGGACAAUUAUAUAAAUAAAAAAUGAUUGGCAU